AUGAAGGUCUCAAGCUUCCUCACUACCCUCUCGCUCUUUGCAGGCGCCAUCGCCGAGGCAAUUGAUCUUCCAGCUGGCGUGCCCCGUAGCGUUGAGGAGUUCCGCGCAAAGCAUCCCUACGAGAGCCCCAUCAAGAGGAACCACCGCAAGGUUGUCACUAUCCGUCACAGCAAGAACGACCGUGAUGACAUCUCAACCGAGUUCUACAAGGGUCUGAAGAAGGCCAACAACGGAGGUACUCUUCACUUGCCCAAGGGAAAGACCUUUGUCAUUGGAAAGCCUCUUGAUCUUACUUUCUUGAACGAUGUGCACGUUCAUCUUGAUGGAGAGAUUAAGUUUACCAAUGACACUGCUUACUGGCAGAAGAAUGCCUUUACCCAUCCUUUCCAGAACUCUAUCAUGUUCUGGAAGUGGGGUGGCAAGAGCAUCAAGAUCUACGGAAAGGGUGUUCUGAACGGUAACGGUCAGAGAUGGUGGAACGAGUUCGCCGGCAAGGAGAUUCUGGACAAGGAUAAUGCUUAUCUGCGACCCAUUCUCUUCUACGCCCAGAAUGCGACUGGCCUUGAUAUCCAGGGCAUUCACUUCAAGGAUUCUCCCUGCUGGACCAACUUUGUUGUUACUUCCAAGGAUAUUUCUUUCAAGGAUGUUGUUUGCACUGCUGUCUCCAACAACGCUACUUCUCUCCCCAAGAACACUGACUUCUUCGACUCCCUGAAUGUCGAACAUGUCAAGGUUGAGCGCGCUUGGGUUGAUAUCGGUGACGAUUGCUUCUCCCCCAAGAGCAAUGCCACUGAUGUUCACGUUGACACUAUGUACUGCAAUGGUACUCACGGUCAAUCAAUUGGAUCUCUUGGCCAGUACAAGGGCGAGAUGUCUUUCGUCAAGGACGUUGUCAUUGAGAACCUCUGGAUGCUCAACGGCCAGCACGCUUCUCGUCUCAAGACCUGGGCUGGACCUGAUGUAGGCUAUGGUUUCAUCGACAAUGUCACCUUCCGUAACUUCUACGGUGGAAACAACGAGUACAACGCUUUCAUUGACUCGUGCUACUUCAACAUCAACGCCACCACCUGCAACCAAUACCCUUCAAAGAUGAACAUUACCAACGUUCUUUUUGAAAACUUCUCAGGCUACAGCUCUGGAAAGUACGGUGACGCUGUUGCCAGGUUGACCUGCUCGUCCAGCAAGGACGCCGUCUGCGAGAACAUCAAGUUCAAGAACUACGAUAUCAAGACUCCCUGCGGUGGAAAGCCUGUUUUCCUGUGUGACGGUGUCAAGGAUAUUGGUGUUGAUUGUGUUAGUGCUACCAGCGCCGAGGGCAAGGCUGCUUUGGCCAACAAGUGCCAGGCUCCCCAAGCUUCUGCUAGCCCUUUCAAGGUUAGAAAGUUUGAUUAA